AUGACCCACGAUAAUAGACGCAUAGUUCCUGCCUACUGUCGUAUAUCCCAAAUCUCUCCACGACUGGCAGGACGCCCGACAGGCCAAGGCUGCCAAGCCAAACUUUGCUACCGUCCGAGGCUGAGAUCCGCAUCACGUCGCUCUCUCGUUGUCGAUCACCAAACUGCUUCGUCAAGCUCCCGACCCCAAUAUCUUGAGCGCCGCAGCCAGCCUCGUGAACGACCACGAGAUGCCUCCGAAGAAAUCCAAGACUGGCGACAGGCUGGUGGAGAUCACACAAAAUGCUCACAUUGCUACUGGGCUUGCUUUUCUGGGGCUCAUGAAACUUUGGGGGAAGGCGAGUAUAUAUACUACUGGCAUGGCACUUCCUGCGACAAGAAUUCAAGACAAAGGAUAGAAGAUCCAGAAGAGCAUAUCUGGGCGAUCAAAGUACAGAAUACAAUUCGAAAAACCUGCCACACCCUCAAGAUGUCUUCCAUCAACGCAAACGAAGGAUACACAUACGGCCAAAUGCAAACAGAUACCAACCAAAUCGCGCCCUCAACCCCUCUUGUGCCCGACGGCUCGCCAAAAAUGGUGCUGCCAGCAGAUCCAGGGAGCACAGAGGCCGCUGCCAACAUCAUCUCAGGCAAACGCCAACGAAAACCCACCGCUCGGGCAUUGGCAUUAGAGCAAGACAAACCUCUCCACCAAGCACGACCUCUACAAAAGCCCAGCAAAGUCGUCAAGCGUCCGAAUCAAAACACUCCCAAAGCCAAAGCCAAAGCAUCCCCUCCCCCAAAGUCUCCAGCAAAGAAGAAGCCUUCUCCACGCCUCAAACUUCGAAACCCGAACCCAAAACCCAAACCCACCCCUCAAGAUCUCUCCGACCUCUUGAACGACCCAAAACUCUCUCCAAAGAGUCUAUCCGAUGCGUAUCCGGAGGAACCAGAUUUGGCCUCGCGCGUUCGAAGACUUCAGCAAGAUCGUCGAGACGCUGGAGUUUCUCCUGAGGAGGGAGCGGAGUUGGCGGUUUUGAGGUUUGGAAUUCAGCGGAGGGAGAAGGAGAAACAGGAUGGGAUGUUGGAGGCCGAGGCGUUACACGCGGCGGAGAUUCUUUUUGAGAUGAGUCGGUCUGCUUGGAGCGAGGGGGAGGAGUCGGAGGAUACGGUCUCGAAUUCACGAACUCUUUCGAUGGAGUCGGAGGGUACGAUUUCGAAUUCACGAACUCUCUCCCGACACUCCUCCGAGGAUACGAUUUCGGAUCAAAGAGAGGUGUCCACUGAGCCUAGUUGUAGACCUAUGCCCGAGGAGGAGGAGGAGGAGGAGGAGAGUAGGAGAAAUUAUGGCGAGGUGGGGAGCAGAGUCCGAUUAUGGAGUCUUCUGAGCGCUCGACACUCCGCUGAGCGUCUAGAGGUAGGGGUUCGGCUGGAAGUUGGUCUUGCUCUUACCCCUCGCUGGUCGAUCUUGCGAAAGAGCGAGUUAUUUGGGAAAUACGUCAAGAUGAAUUACUUUGCUGUUCAACCCACGAGUACCUCCCGUCUCAGCGCCGCCGCUCCUUCUCCUGCACCUACCUCUUCCCAACCGCCCCCUCUUAUCUUCUUAACCCGCACCUUUGACACGAUCUAUCCCCGCACCUCGCAUCAAAACCUUUCGAGUGAAUACGAACUGCAUUGCGAAACGAAAGGUGAUACCGUUGCCGAAACAGCGCUAGAUGAUGCCAUGAAUUUUGCACUCACUCUGGAGCGAGGCACGACCGCGGUGUCGAAGUGCACUUUGGAAAAUUACCUCAUCCGUGAUCUCUUACUUCAGCGGUACACACACGAGUCAUUCAGCGUGGUACCAAGACUGUGCGCGUAG